CACGAGAACAUCUACUUGUGGGACAUAACCAACUCUAAGCUCAAGCUCGUGGCCUGGCCUCUGACCGCACUCCGCAGAUAUGGGUCAGACCUAACGAAGUUCACGUUCGAGGCGGGCAGACACUGUGCCACCGGUGAGGGUAUGUUUGUGUUCCACACUCUGGAGGGUGAGAAGAUCUACCGGAAGGUACAUCAGGCGACGCUCGCCAUCGCUGAGGCUCACCAUAAGAUGAAGAAACUGCCCACCAGUGCCUCCACAGAACUGCCGCCAAUGGAGACUCGGCUCAGAUUUACAGCAAAUUUAGUUUAAUUUAUUUCAUAUUCGUUUUCAUAUCAUCGAGACAUUCAUCUCAUUCUCCACAUGAAACUCAUCUCUCAUUCAGUUAUUCAUUAAAAAUAUUGUUAAUUAUAUGUUAACUAUUGAACGGUUCAAAAGGCAACAAAACAGUGGAUAUUAUUCGCAUAAUUGGGAGAAAACUUUUAAAAAGCCAAAAGUUGUGCUCGUUUUUGGUGAACACAACGAAUCCAAUUGUAUUUCGUUACGAC